UCCAUUUCGCUGGCUGGGCGCUGAGAAGCAAGCGCUCUGCUCUGGAGGCGAGUGUUUGGGAAGCCCAGCGAUAUGCCACUGCUGUUUUCCCCACAAAAACAGGAAAAAAAAAAAAGGUGGACCAUAGUGUCGGGAUCAGCUUUUUCUUCUUCCAGCACUCCUCCUUCCUUUUCGCUCACUUGCAGCCUGUCUCUUUCUGUCCGCUGACUUCUCUCAUUCAUUCACUCCCCGCCGCUCCGGCUGGCCGACCGAGCGUGCUGACACCGGGACCGCUACCUGCUACCUUGGGGAUUUGACAGCGCUCUGGGAACCUGCUGCCUAUUUUGUCAUUUUUACAGCCAGUGAAUAGUGGCUGCACCUCAUGAAUGAACUGGAGUAUACAACGGACCGGAUGAGGGAGUAAAUGUUGGAUACCUGAGGAUGAGCGUUUCUUUCCUGACCUUACCAGAACAAACGGAGAAUUCAGUAUCUUCUUGACCAAUUUUCACUCUACCAGACUCAAUCUACAUCAGUCACUGAGUUUCUUCAGUCUUUAUUUUGUUGCACAUCAGCAGCAGUGACAGCUGUGGACCGUCUGACUGAGUGGGACUGCUCACCUGUUUAACUUUUCCCCCCUCUGUGACACUUCCUCUGAACUGCUUUUGGCCCCAGUGGGGCCAGCAGGGCUGCAGGGGAAGGGGGCAGCGGCUUACCCCCUCCAUAACGAACCACGGAGCAGUGACCGACAGGUUGGAAAAACAAGUCUUCUCCUUGCUCCAGGGAGCAUAGUGUUCCUAGUAAAACAUUCAGACGCUUCCCAGCCAACCACCUCAGCAGAUAUAAACUUGUUCCAGUUAGGAUGUCAGCAUUGGAGGGAUUUUUGUGCUUGACCAUCAACCAAAGAAGCCAGUCCGUCGGACGCAAAGAGUUGUUUGCUAAGAAGAGCUAAAAAAGGAGCAUUGAACCACAUCCACAGGGAACUUGAAAAGCCACCCCCGCUUUGAGAAAUUCCUUUUGACCCAUUCGAAGGAUCUUGUUUUGGUCUGGAAGUCUUUUGAAGAGAGGGAUGUUGGAGGAGCCCCUGACCUCUUUCACAAUCAACUAAUUACGAGUCAGGGUCACAGAGAGGAAAGGACCGGAUUCUUUUUGUGGAUUUACCAUUGACCUACCGUGGAAAGUUUCCAUGUGGAUAUCUGACAAUCCCAAACACCCACAUACCUAACACAUACACAUUUCUAGCUUAUAGAUUCAUGCCAACAGCUCUGUAACACAAAUUGCAAAGCACAUUAUCACCACCUACUUAAAUCUACACACGUCUGUCCUGUAAGUUUAUACGGAUAGUUGCACAUUAAAUUCCCAUUAGUUUGGGUGUUUGCCAUCGGGUAUAGAGGGAAUGGAGGUCAUUCGGACAGGUGGGGUGCUGUACGAGUCCCUGCUCACACUGUCUGUCCUUUAGCCUCAAAUGGAUGUUAUUAUCUGUGAAAAAUGUGCCGCCCGCAAACCGCUGAAAGCUUUCCGCUGCGAUUCUCCGACAGAAACAGUCACCGGGUCCCUGUGACAGUGCACGGUUGGAACCGCAGCUGAGACUGCAUCCAUUAUUCAUCUUUUUUUGUUUUUGUUUGUUUUGUUUUUUUGAGUUUUGUUUUCAUUAUCUUCCACCCUCACCCCACCGCCAUCAUUUUUUCCAACGGGUCCCUGGGCGCCCCCCGGCGCUCUCCUCGGCCUGUUGUCUCCCCCGUCCUGGAGGGGAGGGGGUCGUUGGAGUGGAGCAUGAGCGGCUGCCACUAUCCUUCGCCGGCGCCGGAGCGGGAGCGCAGGUACCAGCACAAAGUGUCGCUGGUGGUGCGGUACUUCAUGAUCCCCUGCAACAUCUGCCUAAUCCUGCUGGCCACAUCCACGCUGGGCUUCGCCGUUCUGCUGUUCCUCAAUAACUACAAACCGUCUCACUUCACUCCGGCCCAGCCUCCUGAUGGCUGCAGAGGAAUGCUGUGUGGCUUUGGGGCGGUGUGCGAGAGGAACCCCACCGACCCAUCCAAGGGCGAGUGUGUUUGCAAGAAACUUGACUGUCCAUCCUUGGUGGCUCCUGUUUGUGGCUCCGACACCUCCACCUACUCCAACGAGUGUGAGCUGGAAAAGGCUCAGUGCAAUACACAGCGUCGGAUCAAGGUGCAGCGAAAGGGGCCCUGCUCUCUGAAGAACCCCUGCGCCGAGGUGACCUGCAGCUACGGCAGCACCUGCGUCCAGUCGUCGGAUGGCCUGUCGGCUAAAUGCAUGUGCCCCCUCAGCUGCGAUGGCAAGCCCGAUCAGAUGGUGUGUGGCAGCGAUGGGAAGGACUACCGCAACGAGUGUGAACUCCACCAGCAAGCCUGCAAGAACCAGAAGAACAUCCGGGUUCAAUUUCAAGGACCCUGCGACCCGUGUAAAGACAGCGAGAACAGCCUGAACACCAUCUGCCGAGUCCAGGCCGUCACACGCCAGCCGCAGCUCUACAGACCGCCAGAGUCAUGCCGACCAGAAUCCGAGCCUCUGUGCGCCAGCGACGGCCACACCUACCCCAGCGAGUGUGCCAUGACGGCCACCGGCGUGCAGAAGGGCAUCAGCCUCAGGAAGAUCCAUGCCAGAGCUUGCGGAAAGUUGGAGAUGUGCAGAGAAGACUGCCUGUUCAACGCCGUGUGUGUGGUGGAGCAGAGCGGCGCCCGCUGCUCCUGUGAUCCCAUCGAGUGUGAUGACACCUACAAGCCUCUGUGCAGCGUGGACGGGCGCACCUUCCCCAACAACUGCUGGCGCCGCAAGGCUGAGUGCCUCAGCAAGAGCCUGAUCAGGACCAAACAGCCGGGGCCCUGCGAUCUCAACGCUCCAAGCCCCUGUUUGACGAAGACAUGCACACACGGUGCCAUGUGUGUGGUGAAGAACGACGAGCCGGUCUGUGAGUGCACCGAGGCCUGUACCCUGACCUCCGACCCCGUCUGUGGGUCUGACGGCCAGAGCUACCGAAGCCCUUGCGAGAUGCGAGCGAUGGGUUGCACUCUGCAGAAGGACAUCCGGAUCCAGCACAAAGGACCGUGUGAUGAAGCCUGCUCCAACUGCUCCUUCGGGGCGAUCUGUGACGCCCAGAGCGGGCGCUGCGUGUGCCCGUCGGAGUGCGUGGAGUCGCACCAGCCCGUGUGCGGCAGCGACGGCCACACCUACCAAAGCGAGUGUGAGCUGAACGUGAGGUCCUGCACAGAGCAGGUGGAGUUGCGGGUGGUCAGCCAGGGAGAAUGCAAAAUGUGCGGCAACACCGUCUGUAGCUUUGGUGCCCGGUGUGUGGAGAAAAAGUGCGAGUGCCUGCAGUGCAGUGGAGAGGCCAGCGCCCCGGUGUGCGGCAGCGACGGCAUCACCUACAGCAACGAGUGUGAGCUCAACAGGUCCGCCUGCGAGCACAAGAGGAAAAUUGAUGUGGCGAAGCACGGCAGCUGUGAGGAAGAAUGUGGCUCUGGGGCAUCUGGCUCCGGAGUGGAGAGCUGCGAACAGGAGCGCUGUACGACGUACGAUGGGAUUUGGAACGAGGACGAAGAGGAUGAACGCUGCAUCUGCAGCUUUAACUGUGAGAGCGUGCCACUCAACGAGGUCUGUGGCUCGGAUGGGAAAACCUACCGGAACGAGUGCGAGUUAAAAAACACCAAAUGUUUGGAAAAGAGGCUCUUGUUGAUUCAGAGUCAGGGUCCCUGUGCAGAGAAUUAUGUUACGUCUCCAACGGAGCUAACUGCGCCGCAGCACUGCGGCCUUUCUCCGUACGGCUGCUGCUCUGACAACAUCACCGCCGCUCUAGGGGUCGGACAGGCCGGAUGUCCCAGCAGCUGUCAGUGUAACGUCCACGGCUCCUACAAAGGCUCCUGCGACCCGACCAGUGGCCAGUGCUCCUGUAAGCCGGGGGUCGGCGGCCAGAAGUGUGACCGCUGUGAGCCGGGCUUCUGGAACUUCCGUGCCAUCAUCACUGAAGGCAUGAGCGGCUGCACGCCCUGCAGCUGCGAUCCCACCGGCUCGGUCCGGGAUGAUUGUGAGCAGAUGUCGGGCCUGUGCUCCUGCAAGACGGGGGUGAAAGGCUUGAAGUGCAACGUGUGUCCAGAUGGAAGCAGGAUGGGAAUGAACGGCUGUGACCACGGCCCUGAUGCCCCUACAUCGUGUGAAGAGCUGCUCUGCAGUUAUGGCGCCGCCUGCCUGGAGGAAAACGGCCAGGCCCACUGUCAGUGCCCGCCGCCCGACUGCGACUUAAGAAACAAGACAAAGGUGUGCGGCUCAGAUGGGGUGACCUACGCUGACCAGUGCCAGCUGAGGACCAUCGCCUGCAGGCAGGACAAGGAUGUUACCGUGCAGCACUCUGGACAGUGCACAGAAAGCAUCUAUGACCCGGCAGACCGACCCACCCCCAACCCUCCGCCCACCACCCCCGGCCCAGCCUCAACGGCCGUCAUCACUACCACCCCCGACCCCUUCAUCUCUAACAUGGUGUAUGCCAUCCCGCCUCCAAUGACGGCCCAGCUAGCGUCCAUGGAGCCGCCUGACACCAACGCCGUCCUUUCCACCUCCACCCCCGGCCGCGUUCCAUCCAGCCGCAUCCAGCCAUCCGCCUCUGCCACCCCGAGCCCCCUGGAGGGCUCGGGCAGCGGCGACCCGAGCGGUGACGAAGAAGAGGAGGACGGACGGGAUGAGGAUGUUGGUAGUGGCGUCCAGUCGGAGGCCAGCGGUUCAGACGAUUCUGGCGGUUCGCCAGUGGCAGGUUCUGCUGCUGCCACUGCCGAGGAGAGGUCCUCCUGUGACAACACAGAGUUCGGCUGCUGUCCUGACGGAAAGACCCCAUCCAGCACCCCAGAGGGUACCAACUGCCCCCCCACCAUGAAGUUCUCGGGCUUCCUGCACCUCGACCAGGUGGAUGACCAGGAGAUUUUCUACACCCCUGAGAUGGAGGACCCCAAGUCUGAGCUGUUUGGAGAGACAGCCCGCAGCAUAGAGAGCGCUCUCAAUGAGAUGUUCAGGAAGUCACAGGUGCACAAGGACUUCAUGGGAGUUCGAGUACGUCAACUGGCUCCAAGCGGCUCCAUUAUGGCACUCGUGGAGGCCCAUUUCAGACCCGAUACGAGAUACAACGUGGAGGACAUCGAGGGAGCGCUGCUGAAACAGCUGAAGGCUUCCAAAGACACCAGCAUCUCUGUAAAGAAGCCAACGGCAGAGAAUAUUCGCUUCACUAAUUAUGGUCUGUCCACCAUCCCACUGUUUACCACCACUGCCGCCACUGCCGCCGCUGCUGCUGCCGUCACCACGGCCUCCCCCGUCCCCACAUCCAGGCCUCAUUCCCCCUACUUCACACGCCGCCCACCGGGAACCACCCGCAGGCCCGCCAGCUCCAGGCGGACCACCACCACGCAGGCUCCGCCCACCAAAACCCUGCGCAGCACCUCAGCGCCGCUCGCUACGACUGGGCGGCCCAAAACCCAGAAGCCCUGCCACUCCAACCCGUGCCUCAACGGGGGAACCUGCGAGAACGACGGUGACGACUUCAGCUGCAAGUGCCUGGCUGGACGAGGAGGGGCAGUGUGUGAGAAAUCCAUCAGGUACUUCAUCCCAUCAUUUGGUGGCCAGUCUUUCCUGGCCUUCCAGACAAUGAGCGCGUACCACACGGUCCGCAUCGCUAUGGAGUUCAGAGCGUCCGAGAUGAACGGCCUGCUGCUCUACAACGGCCAAAUGAAGAAGAAAGACUUCAUCUCUCUGGCUUUGGUCAACAGCAGGGUGGAGCUCAAGUUCAACACUGGCUCAGGAACAGGCACCGUGAUCAGCGAAGUCCAGAUCAGCCAGGGUCGCUGGCACCAGCUGGUGGUGACGCGCAGCCGGCGGAUCGGCAUGCUCAGCGUGGAUGGCGAGCCGCACGUCCAAGGCGAAAGUCCCCAUGGGACAGACGGCCUCAACCUGGACACCCCGCUGUUCAUCGGAGGGGUGACAGAUGACCUCAAGCAGGACGUCAGGGAGCGGACCGGGGUCACCGCAGGGCUGGUGGGCUGUAUCCGCAUGCUGGACGUCAACAACCGCAUGCUCAACAUCCAGGAGGCCAACGGAGACAGCCUGUUCGGCGUGGGUGUAGGCGAAUGUGGGAACAACCCCUGCCAGCCGAACCCCUGCAAGAACGGAGCUGAGUGCCAGGUCAAGGAGGCCGAGAUGUUCCACUGCAAGUGCAGCAAUGCAUUCUGGGGUCCAACAUGUGCUGACCUCCAUGACCCCUGCGAACACAGCAAGUGCCACCAGACAUCGCAGUGCAAGGCUCUGCCUGAAGGGGGCUAUAAAUGCGAGUGUCCCAUGGGGCGAGAGGGGAAGCACUGUGAGAGAGUGGCUGAGCGGAGAGGCGUUUACAUGCCUCUGUUCAGCGGAGACUCAUACCUGGAGCUCAAGGGGCUUCAUCUCUACGGGCAUGAUCUACGUCAAAAGUUCAGCAUGAUGCUGGUUCUCAUGGCCAAUGACUCCAACGGUCUGAUCUUCUACAAUGGGCAGAAGUCUGAUGGAAAGGGAGACUUCGUCUCUCUGUCCCUGAGCAAUGGCUACUUAGAGUUUCGCUACGAUCUGGGAAAGGGACCGGCUAUUAUCAGGAGUAGGGACCAGAUGCAGCUGAAGGUGUGGAACACCAUCAAGCUGGAGCGCUCCCUCCGCAAAGGCGAGAUCCGGUUGAACGAGAAAGCAACUUCAGGAGAGUCACCGAAAUCACGCAAGAACAAGCACACAGAUCUCAACCUGAAAGAGUCGCUGUUCGUCGGCGGCGCUCCCGAUUACAGCAAACUAGCAAGAGUUGCUGCACUCACAGAGGGAUUCAAGGGAACCAUCCAGAAGAUCAUGCUGAUGAGCACACCCAUCCUGCGCGAGGAGAACGCCCUGAACUCCAGCAACGUGGCCAUGUUCCACGGCCACCCGUGUUUCCAGGAGCCCUGCCAGAACGGCGGCCGCUGCCACCCGGAGCUGGACGGCUACGACUGCUCCUGUCCCAGCGGCUUCUCAGGGGACAAGUGUCAGAACGCUAUCCACGAGAAGUCGGCCGGAGAGACGGAGGCCAUCGCCUUCGACGGACGGACCUUCAUCGAGUACCACAAUGCCGUGACGAGGAGCCAACUGACCAAUGAGAUCCCAGAUCCCGAAUCUCUGGAGAACCCGUCCGACCAGAGUGAAAAGGCUCUGCUGGUCAACAAGUUUGAGCUGAGCGUGCGGACUGAGGCCACGCAGGGUCUGCUGCUGUGGAGCGGGAAGGGCGUGGAGCGCUCCGACUACAUCGCGCUGGCCAUCGUGGAUGGCCGUGUCCAGAUGACCUACGACCUGGGCUCCAAGGCCGUGGUGCUGAGGUCAUCGGUGCGUGUCGACACCAACCGCUGGAUACGCAUCAAAGCCAGCAGGGCGCUUCGAGACGGCUCUCUGCAGGUGGGCAACGAGGCGCCGGUGACAGGCUCAUCUCCUCUCCGAGCCACGCAGCUGGACACAGACGGAGCGCUCUGGUUAGGCGGCCUGGAGGUGCUGGGCGUGGCGCGCCGGCUGCCCAAGGCCUACAGCACCGGCUUCGUUGGCUGCAUCAAGGACGUGGUGGUGGACGGGGUGGACGUCCACCUGGUGGAGGACGCCUUGAACAGCCCCAAAAUACUACACUGCUCCGCCGCCAAAUAACCGGGAAGAGAGCGAGCACUGCGAGACCGGAGUAAACAAAACAAGAAACCCUCCCUCCAUAACGCCCAUGUCUCCUGCUGUAAUUAUUUUCUAUUUUUGUAUACUUUUCAUCACUUUUUAUAUGGGGAAAUAAUGAAAUAUGUUUUUAAUUUGUGUUGGAAUUCUUUUUGCCAUUUUCUUCUGCAUCUCCACUACACUUUAUUUUUUUCUUCCUUUUACAUAUAUUUGUGGAAAAAAGCUAUUUUCAUUGUAUUGAUUUAGUUGUUACCUUAAAAGCAACACGUUUUGUUUUUAAUUUCUCAUUACUUGAACACGGUUCUGAUCUCUGGCUGCUGCCUUGUCUUGGUGCCGUCUCUACCAGACACAUUCCCUCCAAGCAUGGCCCUUACAUCUUUAUGUAUUCCCUGUUCAGAGCCGCAGCGCCAUAUGCAUAGGUUCUACCCUGGUAUUAUUCAGCCCGCUAUAUUUUCCUAAUGAAAUAUCAACCGAGCUGUUACAGUGACUAAGUGCACUGUCCGGCCACUCCAUCGACUCCCAUCUCACAGCUACAAAGAAAGAAAUAAAAGAUAAACCCGCUCUCCAGUCGACUCUCAUCAGAGCCUUUAGUUUUUGAAAUAUGACUAACAACCGCGCCGACGUGAUGGAGAGAGCUCUGCGUCCCACAAUGACUCUCAUUUCAUUAACCAUGAAUCAUAGAUACCCAUAAAUGUUAUAAAUAUAGACUUCUAUAUAUAAAUAAUACCUAAGACUGUGAAUAUGUAAGAUGGGUUCUCUUCUGAGACUUGUGCUUUUCAUGUACUGUUGUGCGUUCUGUUCUACAAUCAGCAGAUGAACUAAUGUUGACCACUAUAAAUGCAUGCACUUCUGCAGUGUUGGUUAGAAUCUGGAUUUUUUUGUUUUGUUUUAUUGACACUGUUUCUAAAAAAAAUAAUAAUUUGAGAAAAGUGUAUUUUAUUUCUUAUGAUUGCAGAAAGUACAGGAUUGGGAUUAUGCUUUAAGGUUGUGUUUUUUUUUUGUUUGUUUGUUUGUUUUUGGUCUUUGGUGUUUUGUUUUGUUAUUGGGAGCUGUUAGUUUUUGCAGGAACUCGAUGAGUUGUUACCGGAUCUAACCUUAAGGAGGCGCUAAAAGCAAAGGCUGAAGAAGAAGGACAGAGAGGUGAAACAAGGGGAGAGAAACAACUCCUGGGAAUAUCCUGUAAAAUAAUCAGUUGUUGUCACUAAAAGACACAGAGAGAAAUUAAAAAAGAAAACAAACUCCCCUAACUCUGCUUGGGACUCGAUUCAUUUUCUUUUUGUAAUUCCGAGAACAUUCCUUGAGGAACAGAUUUUAGCUUCGGCUGUUGAGUGAGAGUAAGAGGGGUGACGGGUUGAAGGAGAAGCUGGUACGUUCUGAAGCCAUAACAGCCGCAAAAACGGACAAGAACACCCACAAUCCCGCAGAACUCUGCACGUUAGAAUAGCAAGGCAACGGACUGUUGCAACAUGGAGCCGAAUGCAAUAAACUGAGCUGACUGACUUAAAGACACUUGUUUUGAUAUGAGAACCUUGGCAAUAUUCUGAGACUAAAAUCAUGCCUGUUUGUGACUGAGUAUCAAAAGGUCUUCUACUGUUUUUAUCUUCUCACUUCUGUUUCUCCUUGAAAUCAUCAGGCCACUUGUUUUUUCUUUGUUUUUUUUUUUGUACAGCCCCCGCGGUUUUAAAAGUGUAAAUUAAGCAAAAGUGUGAUAUGUGGAGUUUUCUGUUUUAGUAAUAUACACUGGAGCCAUGUCUGACUUGUCUAUACACUUAUGGAUUGAUAUACUUCGACGUGGGAGCGAUGUCAUCACCCUGAAUUUUAGAGUUGUGUUGUGUGUGUCCACGCUCGGGGAAACCCCUUUCUGGUGUCCCAAGACUGGGUUUUAUUUUUAACAAGCUAGAUCUUUGAAUCAAACCCAAAUGGGUUGCUUCUGUGUGGCUUUGGUGGAAACUGAAUUGCCUUAAAAACAACCUGCCACCUUAGCUGUUAGCAGGGAAUGAAGACAUCACCCCAUCUUACCGUUUCCUUACAUUUAGCCAGUGUAUUAGCCUCAUUCCAAUAAUGUAAAUGGAGUAAUACAUAAUGAUAAUAUUAGUAAUAAUCCCCAAACAUAAAAAAAGAUCCCAGAGGGUUUCUGCAAAAAUGUUUUUUUAAUCUAUUUACUGUUUUUUGGAUCUGUUUUCUGUUCCUUAUUUAUGUCUCCAUGUGGAUUCUCCUCCAUGUCUGACCUCUGUAAACUACUGUCUGACUGUGCAGACCUCGUCAGCGGGCAGCACAGCGAGUAAGAGUGGCAUGACCUGAACAUUACUAACUUUAUGACCUUUGUCUUGUGUUCCUACCACCAUGAAAUAAAAAUGUCAACCAGAUCCA